AUGGCAGAUCCACUCUCGGUUGCCGCCUCCAUAACCGGGCUGGUCAUGGCGGGUACUCAAAUCGCUACUACCGUUGGUAAAUUUGUUUCCACAGCGAUUGGUGCUCCAGCACUUGCGAAAAUAGUUCAUACCGAGGUGCAUGACUUUGUAAUCGUCUUGUCCAGUCUCCAGCCUAUCAUACUCGGAUCCGUCAACUCAAUCUCAAGGACAUCCUUGAUCGAUGUUGAUGAACUAAUCAUCACCCUGACCAGCUGUAUGUGCACUCUAGCCGACCUGGAGAAGGAGGUAGACUCCCUUGCUUCGGACAGCAUGGAUGUCCGCACCAGACUCAAGUGGGCAUGGGCAGAAUCCACGUUAUCGGGUCUUACGCAAAGGCUUCAGAAUCAUAAAGCCUCAUUGAACCUGAUGUUGAGUAUAUUGACAUGCGAAACCCAAGCACAGGCAAACCAGAGUGUACAGGCCCUCCAAGCCCUAGUCCAACAGAUAUCUCAGCAAUUAAAUCAGAUAUAUCUCAACCCUCACUCAAUGCAGAAUACACUGGCCUUGGGGCAUACAAACGCCUUGAACGUCUCUGGUGCAAGCAUCGGCUCUUCCCCAGCCGCUGCUCCUACUAGCUCCAGCGCUUCCACAAUCAGAGGGAACUACGCCUCUAGCGUACUGACGAUACAAAGCUCACGCGGAAGCUUGGCAAGAGGCGUUGGCUCCAUCAGAAGUAUCCAUAGCAUGUCUUCCUUUAACUAUGAGAGCACUCUGCUUAACACCCGUGUGUAUGCUCAAGCGCUGGCAAAGCCUUGGCAUGCUGCAUCCGAAGCUGCUGGUUGGUCUGUCAUGUCAGGCAGGAGUUUGGCGGAAGUAUCAAAUAUAUCUGUUCUGGAACUUCCAUUCCAUGCGGCGUCUCUGUCAAAUCCUUGGUGGUAUGACGGAAGUAUUGGUGCGGAAAGUGUCCAGGUUGGAAGCAUUAGUGCACAAAGUAUCCAGGUUGUAGCGGAAAGUGUCCAGGAUGGAAGCAUUGGUAUUCAGGUUGUGGCGGAAAGUGUCCGGGAUGGAAGCAUUGGUGCGCAAAGUAUUCAGGAUGAGGUGGAAGGUAUUCAGGUUGAGGAAGGUUUCCAGGUUGAGACGGAAGGUGCCCAGGUUCUGGCGGAAAAUAUCGAACAUAGGGCAAAAAAUGUCGAAUGGUGGCCGCACGAGCUAGGUUAUUAUAGUGGGCUGGGUGACUCGCACUACUGGUCUCAUGCGCUGUAUAUCGUUGCGACGGCCAGUAAUGGCUGCGUCAGAGUAAGAUUCAGGGACCAUGUCGAGCCGAUCAAUGACAUUAUUCAAGAGCUCGAUGGUUUACCGAUAACAGGGUUUCGCAAACCACCACCAAUCCCAAUUGAUGAUAUAUGCUGGUCACACCCGCGUCGUUGGAUGCUCGAUGAGCAGUCCUACUUCGUACAGGCCGUAAGGAAGGGCAACACAUGGCUAGUUCGAAAAUAUCUAAAUGACGGUCAUGAUAUAAACAGCGUAAGCCAAGGGUGGUCAGCAGUCAGUUCUGCGGUAAUCAAAGACGAUAUGGAUAUGGUGCUAUUAUUAUUGUAUGAUGGGGUCGAUGUUGAGAGGGAAGACCUGUAUGGCAACACACCCUUGCAACUUGCUUCACGUCGUGGAAACGACAAGAUUAUUAGUCUACUCCUCGACUACGGCGCGGAUAUUACUCGCUGCUGCAGCAAAGGAAGUAUAAAUCCUCACAGGGGCCAGAGCAUUUGGCUUGCUGCACAGGAGGGGCAUACCGCCGCUGUCGCCACCCUUCUCAAGCAUUCCAAUGCCUCCACCCUCCUCAAACGCUGCGAGAUAUGUCAGCGCUCUCCUGUUGGGGAAUGCAUCACAGAGCGCGAUUUUAAGACUUUGUGUUUCAUUGGGUUCUCGUUUUCGAAGAAUGGCGGGCCGGAAGAGAUAAGGAGCAACCUGAUAACGGCCGCCAUCCAUACAGAACGGUACUUUCUUGCAAGAGAGCUAGUAUUGUGCAGUAAGUCUGCCGAUUUGCCGCUCCCCAAAGACCCCUUGAUGUUCCAUUCGGCCAUUAGGGCAGGAAGCGUGGAGCUGGUCGAAGCCUUAUGUAGCGUCGGUGCUGCUAGGCAAGAUAUGCUUGACGAGAACGGCCAAACGCCAGUAGAAGCUGCCACUAAGCUAGGAUUCUCGGCAAUUACUCAGUGUCUAUUGGAGAAUGGCUUUGAUCCCGAGGACCCGAGCGCGGCCGAAACCAGACGGUUUAUGGUAGCCAUGGAGAGUGGGGACGAUCUUUCUGCUGUAGAAUCAUUGAACCAUCAACUGGUCCAGGAUAAGACUGAUUGCGACACAUACCUGCGCAAAGCUGUUUCCAAGGGUCUUGAUCAACUUUCUAUGAGGCUAAUUGAGCUUGGUGCUCCAAUUGAUCAAAGAGACGAGAUGGGAUCAACAGUUCUACAUGUCGCAGCAGCGGCAGGUGACCCAUAUAUCGUCAAGUUACUCUUGAUGUAUGGAUGGAGUCGGAAUGCCAAGGACAAUAACGGAAGGACUGCUCUUAUACAUGCUAUUCGCGCUGGCAAUCAUGAAGUCUCCAAAGCGCUCUGCCCACCGAUGGAACAUACUGACAGAUCUUAA